AUGUGGACACCACCGCUGCCCCGCACUCCAGAGCUGAAGGGGCAGCUGGAGGAAAGUGGCGUCAGGCUGGACGAGAAGAGCAUCGAGUUUUUCGCCCUGUUUUGUGGUGGCCAUCGCGGCAUUUUCAUCGCCGCGAUGCACUGGGUGAAGAGCAAGCAGGCUGGUGAGAGCUGGGGCUUCAGCCAGACUGUGGGAUUUGUGCGCAAGAGCUAUGACAAUGGAGAUUGGAGCUCUUCUGACGGGAUUUUGAGCUACAUGAAAAAAAGUCGCGCAAUCCAUGUCAACAAUCGCUAUCAGUCCCUAGAUGCAAUCCCAGACAGCUUUAUUGCCAUGCUUUGUAGUGGUCCUUGCAAGGUCAACGAUGCAGGCAUCAAGAAAGAUUUGUGCAUUCAUGGCUUUAUACUGCCGCAUCAUGAACACAAGAACCACAAAGAGGUGAACUGGAGCAACCAUAGCACCAAGUACAAAGUGUCCAAUCCGCUCAUCGCGUUUUACUAUCGACAGGUUCUAGAGCAGGAGCGAGCCUUGCGUGUUGACUUUCAUGAAGGUUACAAGCAGCCACACAGCUGUGCUGAUUUAUUGAUGCGAGCCAUACCAUACCUCCCCUUCUCCAAGGUCGUGAGCUUCGAAGCGGAAACAUCCGAAUUGGCAAAGGACAGCCUUCCUCAUGAGACACAAUACAACCAAGCCUUCCACAAUGUAUUGCAAACCAUGCGCUACCAGUCCUUUGCCCCGCAAUCGUCUAAGGAGGGAGAAGGGAAGCCAGACCUUAGGGUCCACAUUGGCGAGGAGAGCUUUGCUAUUGAGGGCAUGAAACAAAACAUCGAAGAGCACCUUCAGCGCUUCAACAGUAUGGCCAACUACAAGAACGCCAAUCACCAGGGUCUCUACAUCAUCGGCAACGACAGCGACAAGAUGCUCGAGACCUUGAGCCACACUGAAGCCGGUAAGGUGCAACUGAUAGGCUUAGUUCCCAACAUCGCCCACACCGCGUACACCGUCCACGUCAAGAGCAAGGGCAUCGAAGGCAUCAACACCUGCAACGUGGACUGCGAUCUUGUGGCAAGAAGGUUGGUGCUCAAGGACGAUGGCAAACCUGAGCUCCACAGCGUGCAGUCGCUCAAGAGCAUUAACCUGUCUCCCAAAGCUGAGACCAGUCAGCCUGCGAAGACAGAGAUGGUCUGGGUGCGAGAGUUGAAGGAGGAGAACGGCGAGUACAAGCUGGUGGGCAAUGCCCUGCCAAUCAAGCCUGUGCCGGAGAACAUCGGCUUCCUGAAGGAGGUCAUCAAGGAGAAGGCGCAGUUGCAACCGCCUGCUCACACUCUCACCGUCUACCACCUCACCGAAGGCACGUGGCAGGAGGAGAAGAAGAUGAGCGCUGCAUUGCGCCCUUCCACGGAAGAGACUCCUUACGGCUACCUCGUACCAUAG